AUGGCCACGGCCGAGUACAUACCUCCCGUACAGGAGCCAGGCGUCCCACUGCUCUACGGCGAGGGGUACAGUCCCAGACCUACGAAGUUCAGCGAAAACCCCCGAUUCGCGGCGUUGGUGAGGGAAGGCUCACUGCCUCCGGUGGAGCAGCGUCUGCCCCAUCCUGAGGACGUCUUCGUCUACGCGCCUGUUGAUGAGAUAGGCAUCUACGGGGGAGACGCGCGACUUUGGGGCAGCCGUCUUUACAACAACCUCAUGACCGGUCUCGCGGUAGGUGGCACGUGCACGGAAUGGGAUAACGACGGCCUGAGCUACUACCCUGCCACUUGCAAGUCCUUUAGCACGAGCGAGGACGGACGGGUCUACACCGUGACGCUCCGUAGAGACCUGAAGUGGUCCGAUGGCGCGCCAUUCACCAUGCAGGACGUUGAGUGGGCUUGGAGUGAGGACCUCAACUACAACAAGGAACUCUUCCCGGUCGUGCCGGGCGUUCUGCAGGACCCCGUGACAGGUGAUCCGGUCAAGUUCACCAAGAUCGAUGACCACACCCUCACCCUUAGCUUUGACAAUCCCAACUACACGUUCAUCGAGGCCGCCAGGCUGGCGGCCGGCCAAGGGUGUACUCGCAUGACCUCGUGCUUCUUUGAGCCCUUCCACUUCUCGAAGAAGUUCCACCCGAAGUACGCGGACCCCGCCGAAUUCAAAAAGCUCAUGACCGAGGGCGGAUAUGAGGACUGGACGCAGGUCUGGAAGGGGAAAUACAGCAUCCGCUAUGAUGCUGAGGUUCCCGUCACACACGCUUACUACCUGUGCGACGGUGGGGCCGACGAGCAGGAAAGACUGUGCGCCAACCCCUACUUCCACGGUGUCGACCCAAACGGCAACCAGCUCCCGUACCUCGAUACCUACACCUACAACAAGGCGGAGAAUAUCUCGACAUCCGUCUUCAGGUCGAUGAACGGGGAAACGGACGGGCCUUACGCCGGCGACUUUGUCUUGGCCGAGGUCCCCUUGUAUUUCGCACACAUGGACAAGGGCGACUACAGCGUCGGCCGCUGGACCAAGACGCAUGGCAACGACGCCGGAAUUCAGAUCAACCCGGAGUUCAACCUUGAUGCUGAGCUGGGCCGGUGGUUCCGGACGAAAGAGUUCCGAGAGGCAUUGUCCCUGAGCUUAGACCGUGACCAAAUCAACCAAUUGGUCUACCUUGGGAUCGGCACGCCUCAAGCGUGGGUACCGCAUCCUGCGACGCCGUACUAUCCCGGAGACCAGUGGCCCGGAUAUCUGGCUGAGCGCGACAUUGCGAGGGCCAACGAAAUCCUGGACGACCUUGGGUUGAUUGACACUGAUGGGGAUGGGUUCCGCAACCGGCUUGACGGCACUGGGAAUUUGGAGUUUUUCUCUGAGUUCAGGGCUAAUUUCAUUCCCGUUGCUGAGCUGCUGCAAUCCCAGUGGGCGGACAUGGGUUUCAAGCUGGACUUUAAAGAAGGGCGGAAUCGGGCUUUUGGAACGGAAGAAGCCCCGGUCCGCAUGAGGGCCAUGUCUCUCAUGACGAACCCCUGGUACUGGACUCAAUUCCUCCCGUAUCGGGCCAGCGGCCCCGGGAGAGAGAUGGGCAGGUAUUUCGAGACCGGGGGCGUAGAGGGUAUGGCCCCCAUCGGCGCGGCCGCCGUUGAGUGCCCAUCUUGCUCGGAGAACGAGUUUCUGCCACUGGCGCCAAAGGGUCGGUACCCAGCCGAUCCUGACGGGUUCCUGAUGGAGAUGCAGGGCCUCUAUGGGGACGGGAAGCAGUAUCCGAUGCUGCAUCCGGGACGGGUCGAGAACGGCAAGGCAAUCUUUAGACUAAACUUAGAAAACGCCUAUCAUCUCGGCACGGUUGGGUUUACGGGCGGUGCGCCGGGAGUAUUCUUCAAGAGGAACAACCUGCGAAACAUAUCGACCACUUUUGGGGCGCACGACUACUACAGCUAUGAGUCCCCGCUGUGGUACUUCGAGGAUGGGAUCGACAACUUCAACCAUCCUGGCAGAAGGUCGGUCAGAUACGCUAGCACCAACUUCCUGGAGUGCCCCCACAUCGCGUCGGACAAAUGCUAA